AGAGGUCAAUGACCCAGGAGCAACAAUCAACUCAAGAUUUAAUUUUCAUUAUGUUAUUCAUGAACACCCGGAGCACUACACUAUAAUGCGCAAAUGGAUACUGACAUGGAUCCUGCCAACUUUGCUCUACAGAUCAUGCUUUCACAUUAUCUGUCUAGUGGGCACUAUAUCUUUAGCUUGCAAUGACAUGACUCCAGAGCAAAUGGCUACAAAUGUGAACUGUUCCAGCCCUGAGCGACAUACAAGAAGUUAUGAUUACAUGGAAGGAGGGGAUAUAAGAGUGAGAAGACUCUUCUGUCGAACACAGUGGUAUCUGAGGAUUGAUAAACGAGGCAAAGUCAAAGGGACCCAAGAGAUGAAGAACAGUUACAAUAUCAUGGAAAUCAGGACAGUGGCAGUUGGAAUAGUGGCAAUCAAAGGGGUGGAAAGUGAAUAUUAUCUUGCAAUGAAUAAGGAAGGAAAGCUCUAUGCAAAGAAAGAAUGCAAUGAAGAUUGCAACUUCAAAGAAUUAAUUCUGGAAAACCAUUACAACACAUAUGCAUCAGCUAAAUGGACACACAGCGGAGGAGAAAUGUUUGUUGCUUUAAAUCAAAAGGGGGUUCCUGUAAGGGGGAAAAAAACGAAGAAAGAACAAAAAACAGCCCACUUUCUUCCUAUGGCAAUAACAUAAUCAUAUAUGGUAUAUA